CCAAGUCGAAGUUAUUUAUAAACAUCCGAGAAAGGGUUAGUAGGAAGAUGAGGAUUCUAAUUCAUGUAUAUUUGAACCCAUACUCUCUCAUCGAACACUUGGACAAUUAGAAUUAUGGACUCUGCGCAGUAGAGGUCAGCAACGCCACAGCGAUGACAGAUCCCUGGAGUGAUGAUCAGGCAGACGAGCCUCUCUUGGCCUUUGAUCCACCUAUGGAAGACCAGGUCAUCGGUGAAGACGACACUUUCCGAACUCAGAAUGCCUCUUUGAGCGAUUGGGAAAGACGCAACAUUAUCGAGCGAACCAGUGGAAGCAUCCAUACUCGCGUUGAGCUGCUUUCAGUCAGUCACGGAUCAUACAAUGAAGGAGGAGACGAAGCAACACUUCUGGUCUUCCGUUUCCGAUUUGACCCUCAGAAAAGUUCUCGGAGAGUGCUCUGGGCCAAAGCCGAAAUUGAGUUCUUUGCUGAGGAUGCCCUGGAUCUCACUGUGGAAGCCAUCGCGCCCGAGGAGCGUUGGGCAGUGGUGCCGACAACUGAUACAGAGACAACAACACGCAGCGGACAGCUGAAUCUAGGUGCGCCAGGUGUGCCAUUGCUUCAUGCUGGCGCUUCAGCAGGGUUGGAGAAGACGUACAGCAGGGAUGUCAAAGAUGCGACUACUGUUACAGGCGCCAUCAACCUCGGGACAGGGAAGAACUCGGGCGGCUCUACAGUGGCAGUCUGGAAUUUCCAGGAAAACGAGCGACACAAGACGGGUGUUCCGGAUUCGGUAACGACUGCGAUUCUACUGCGACGCUCGUGCGAUGAGCGCUUUACUGCGGUAGUGACGCUGGAGGCUGACGUCGACUGGGUCACCGGAUUGGAGCGCAAGUUUGCCAAGAUACCAUUGGAUGAUCCCAUUCUUUUCAAUCCCAAAGGUACAGGGGGGCCCAGCAAGAAGGGGAGGUCUUACGGAUUGAAAGACUUGGCGAAUGUUGAUCUUUAUCAAUUAUGCAAAGUGAGAAUGGCUGUCGAGGCUCCAUUCGCUGUAAAAUGAAGCCGUGUGACAUACAGCUGAAGAUAGAUAGUCACUUGAAUUAGUAUUUGGUCAGACCACUUAUGAAGGACUUUGAGUUAGCCAGUAGCGAUCAAAUACAAGCAAUUCUCCGAUGAAUACAUGAGAGAUACAGAGAGUGAUAUGACUAGC